AUGGGGUUGGAAGAGGCGAGGACUCUACGGGCUGAGUUAGAAAAUCGUUAUGAGGAUGACGACAUGUAUUGGCGCCGGCAUAGUAAAAUCGAUUGGAUCCGUGAGGGCGAUCGGAACACAAAAAUUUUCCAGGCCAAAGCCUAUUCUCGAAAACGUUUUAAUCGCGUGGAUAAAAUCCGUGACAAUUUGGGGCAAUGGAAAGAAAGGGAUGAGGAUAUAGAACAUAUCAUCUUAAGAUACUUUGAGGAUAGUUUCCAAUCUUGCGCACCAGAUGAGAAUGAGAUAGACGAAGUAUUGGCAAACAUCGAAACUAGAGUCACGGGCAACGCCAGUCAAACAUUAUCUUUACCUUUUACUACCGAGGAGGUAACUCGAGACAUUUCACAAAUGGCUACUCUCAAAUCCCCCGGCCCUGAUAGCCUCCUUAUCUCACAGAUUGGAUCAUUGCACCCCUCGAGAGGUCUUCGGCAAGGUGACCCUCUCUCCCCUUACCUCUUCAUCUGUUGUACGGAAGCUCUAAUUGCAAUGAUCAGUAAUGCAGUGGAUAGAGGAGACAUGCAGGGAGUGAAGGUGGCUCCGUCAGCACCCGUGGUAUCAAAUUUAUGUUUUGUAGACGACACUCUCAUUUUCAACCAUGCAACCGAGGGUUAUGCACAAAAUCUGAAGAAUAUCCUUAAUCAAUAUGCUAGAGUGUCGGGCCAAGAGAUUAAUCUAGACAAAUCCACGUUAAUGUUCAGCCCGUCGACCCAUCAAUCUCGACGGGAUGCCAUUUAUAACAUCUUGGGUUUUAAAAUUGUUGAUCGGCAUGAAAUAUAUUUGGGGAUGCCUGCCUCAAUGGGAAAAACUCGAAAUGAGGUUUUCUCUUAUCUCCUGGAGCGUGUUAGGACGAGAAUCAAAGGUUGGGAAGAGAAGUUUCUCUCUAAAGCUGGCAAGGAAGUGCUUAUUAAGGCGGUUCUUCAAGCUAUCCCUUCUUAUAUUAUGAGUUGUUUCUUACUUCCGUUGGGCUUGCUCAAGGAGAUAGAAUCGACUAUUAAGAGAUUUUGGUGGAGCAAUGGCAACACUAAGAGUAUGGCAUGGAAAUCUUGGAGAGAAAUGUGCAAACCGAAGAACGUGGGUGGUAUGGGCUUUAGGGACAUGGAGUCUUUAAAUAUUGCUGUAUUGACUAAGCAAGCUUGGCGCCUCUUAUCAUGCCCUAAUCUUCUCUCACGAAUUCUUCAAGCCAAAUAUUAUCCGCAUGGUCACCUCUUCUCCACAGGAGUGGGUAACCGGCCAUCGGCUACCUGGAGGAGUAUUUGGAACGUUCUACCUCAUCUUAGAGCGGGUCUAAUAAAAAGGAUUGGAAAUGGGGAAGAUACUGCUCUUUGGGCAGAUCCGUGGCUAAAAGAUGGUGGUAAAUUUAAUAUUAUUACAAAGCGACCACCUGAUUCGCGGGACAACGAAUUUGAACUGGAAAAUGUUGUGGCGUCUGCCGAUUCAACCAAAAAUCUGCAUUUUCACUUAGCGGUUGUGCUCGAACGUUUUACCAACCAAAGGGGAAUUGUUUCGCCGGAAAAUUAUUCCCUCUCCGAUAUGUGA